GUGUGCGGUUCGACCGAAUGAAAUUUUCAAUAUGUUCCAAGUGUUCUUCGUUUGCUUUCAUCAAGUGGCUCUGGCUUUUGGCAGUCGUGUUGGCUUUAUGCCUAUCGUCAUAUGCAUUCUACUUCUGGUACUGUAACGAACCGGUAGCUGGCAAAUAUUUAAAGCAAUGGAUAUCCAUUAUCAUCGUGUGGUUUCUGAAUCUUUUGGUUACGGCUGUGAUCUAUUGGCGACAGUUCAUGUGCAAUGAAAGGAUUCAACAAUUAAACCGCAAUUUUAUUCGGUUUGCUGAAGAACAUAUGUGCAGCACAGCAAUAAAAUGCCAACAAUUGUGGUAUCAGACGGUAUUACUAGCCUACCUGAUGGUGUCCAAUGCCGGACUGUGGUUAAACAUGAACCCAACCUAUCGACUUUACUCAAAUGGUGACCUGUUCCUGUCGGUUGUCCUGAUGGGACCAAUCAUCGUCUGUUCGUUGACGGCCUUCCGCUAUUGUGUGAUUUUUUUAACCGUCAGCUGCAUCCUGGACGAUAUAAACCGUGACCUGUCCCGGCAGGUGGACCAAUUCCAUCGCCAGUAUUCGAGUGCAAAUAUUAGCGCGUAUAGAUUAACGAACAGCGAACUCAAAUUAAGCGAUCACCUAGACCGGUUGAUUAUUCAGUACGAUAAGCUGUAUGAUGUAGUUGUGGCGAUAAUUGAAAUUUAUUCGCCGUCAAUCUUGUUCCUGCUGGUUUUGGAUUUUGGCCAGGUGACAUUUGAGCUGUAUAUGUUCUACUGUGAUCUCUCCCAUGCUUCGCUCGAUGAUGACGAUUUGCAUAUGAUUGCCUUCUCAUUCGUAUCUGCGAUUUUCAGCUUUACCGAGAUUUUAUUCAUCAUCAAUGGAACAUCGAAGUUUUCCGAUAAGUUGAUGCAAGCUCUUGAGCAACUACAGCGGAUUGGAAUUGUUUGCCUGGACAGCAGACUGACCGAAUGCAUUUACGGCUUAAGUAAGGUUGUCCAAUGUAUGCAAGAGGAAACAGUCAUGUUUUACUGCUUUGCGCUGAACAAUUCGUUCCUGACGACGAUUAUCGCCGCUUCGUGCUCGUACCUGAUCCUGCUGAUACAGACCGCCUGAAAGGUGUGAGAGAAAAGGCCCCUUUUCCUGCGGCGUGACAUAUCGCAAGCUGGUGGCGACAGGUGACGACGGAGACGACGUCGGAUGGACAGACGGUUAAAUAUUGUAGCCGGUGCGAUAAUCCGCCAACUAGGAAAUCAAUUUUAUCGCCAUAAAUCAACUACCCAAAUCUUUGGGUUCUUCUCUUUUGUAGGCACGAUAAAAUCAGAUUUGGUUUUGUUUUGACUGUUAGUUUUUCAAACUUAUAUUCAGUAGGUAUUCAUGCCAAUUACCACGAAUAAAAAUUCAUCACUUGAUGGGAGUAAAUUUUAACGGAAAAAUAUGAAUGAUGCAGUUGACAGCAUACCUAGAUGCUAUUGGCGAAUCAACUUUUUUUUUGUGUUGAACUUGAUGGAAGUAGUUGUAGAUCAAAAUCUACGAACUCUCAGCACUGAUUUGACUUACCAUUUCAAUGUUCCCAAAAUUUCUCGCAUAAUUUAUGAUCUCGCCCUAAAAGCCAUUGGUAACCAUGU